CUCAAGCAAAUGGGUCACUGAAGGUGAAACGUCAGAAACCUCGCUGAUUGUAUCACGUGAAGAUUGGAGACACUACAGAGUGUCAGCAACGUCAUGGUGUGGACAGAGUCAAAGUGCAUUAUUUCCGCCAUUGAGAGCCAACAUUCGACCUGUCUCUAAUCUCUCAGUAUCACGCCUACACGCGUGCUCGAUGGUGGCAAAACUCCAAUGGAGCCACCCAAACAAGAACGAACUCAUCUUCAACGUCGACGUCCUGAGACCGCAGGACAAAUGGAGGACGGUCGCUCAAGACUUGACCGUCACCACUCUUCUGUACAACCUAACGCAAAGAGGUCAGUACAGUUUCAGAGUUACUGUGGAAACUCGAACACUUGAUGACGGCUGGACAUGGACGAGCAGACCCGUAACAGUCAUCAAGAAUUUCACAAACGCAGUCCCCAUCGUCACACCAAUAAAACUCGAGUUCAAGACGUGGUAUAGCGUCCAUGUGACGUGGUCGGUAGAUAUGGGAGAAGCUGCUAGCGCAACGGUUCGAUUGAGCAGCCGUCAUUCCAUUCUAAAGGACUGGAAACUACUGAAGGAGUAUACAAUCUUCAUAUCGCAAGCCAUCACCUACAAGUCCACCCUGACAUCAGGACAUGGAUACAUGUAUCGGGUCGUCGCCAAUUCUCCUUGCGGUGACAGUAAGGCGGUCACAUCCAGAGACUUCCUAGCAGGAUACAGCGUUCCGAGAGGACCUCCGACUGGUCUUAGUGCUAAGAACAUCGCUCCAGGGGUUGUCAGACUGACAUGGAAGCCUUUACCUAGCGGUAUCUCGGACUACAAGUACUAUGUCGCGUACAACGUCACUGGAUCGAUCAUCGAGCGUGUGAGCUCGUCUAAUCAAGAACUCAUAGUGAGACUCAACAACAACACGUGGUACACGUUCUCCGUUCGAGUAGAGCUAGCCGGCUUCACCAGCGUUGCAAGCAGGACGGUCUCCAUUCUGACAUUACCAGCAGAAUUACAACUACCAUACAGAAUCAGUUUGAUUUCUCGAGGGCUCACGUGGUUAGAAAUACAAUGGAGUGUUAAGGGGGGCAAAACACCCAACAACUACACAGUCUGCUUCCAACCAAAACAUGGAACGACAGAACAGACGGUCACACUUUGUCCCACCGUGUCCCACAAUGUCAAAUCAGCCAAGCUAACGGGUCUAACUCCGUGUACACUGUACGCCAUCAAUGUCACCGCAGUGUCCUCAUCCCAUUUCAAAACGUCACAAAUCAAAGAAUUCCAGACAGAAAAAGUUCAACCAACAGCAUCGAUCAACCUUCAAUGCAAUAACAUGACUCCCACCUCUCUGCUGCUCACUUGGACACAACAACUUGGUUCCACGAGCUGCCCCAUUGACGGAUAUCAAAUCCAAUAUAGAAAGAAAGGCGGAGAUAAACGAGAGCGGACGCACAACACGACGGACACUAGAGCAUACAACAUCACAAAUCUCAAAUCAUGGACAACCUACAAAGUGUCCGUCACUCCAUGGAACACAGCUGGACUCGGAUCUAAAUCGGAUGUUGUCGACUGCAAAACUGAUGUCGGAGUCCCGUCUUCUGCUCCUGUCAUUACACAACUCGUUUCGACAUCUCAUAACAUCACUGUUUCAUGGAAAUCGAUCAAGAAGAGCAAGAGAAAUGGUAUCAUUCGAGGAUACCAUCUCGAAGCUGUCUCAAUCAACACCAGAUCUCCAAUAGUAAGACUCACAACGAAACUACAACCCACGGUCUUCACUCACACGUUCACUCAUCUUCAUCCAUUCACAAAGUUCAACAUCUCUGUUGCUGCCUACACAUCAAGAGGCAGAGGUCCAUCAUCAUACAGUCUAGCCACAACCGAACAAGCACCUCCUGAUGCACCUCAACAAGUUCACAUCUCAAAUGUGCUCGCCAGAAGCCUCUACGUGCACUGGAAACCGCCACCCAUACAAGGCCAGAACAGCAUUAUUACUGCAUACGUCAUUACAACCGCCAGUUUCCAGAAAAACGACGGCAAUGUGAUUAAGACAACAAAGUUGAUCACACCAGCAUUUACAAGAAGGAUCCACGUGACCGGUCUGACUCCAUACACUCGUUACCUUGUGUAUGUCAGAGCUUCUUCAGUCGCCGGAAUGAGCAAAUUCAGUCGGGGAAUCGACUUCAAAACGAAACAAGACGUUCCCAACUGUCCUGCAAUCGAAUCGGUUACUGUGCUGUCGUCGACUUCGUCACUGCUAGUAUGGCAACUUCCAACAGAACCAAACGGUCUAUUGCAGGGAUACACUCUAAGUGUAGUAACAGACAACAAGACAAUACAAACAACAAAACAUGUGGCUACAACCACCAGAGCAAUCAUCAACCAGCUGCUUCCCAAACACCACUACACAGCUCGAAUAGCUGCAUACAACAUAGCAGGCACGAGUGUUGACUGCACAAAGACCGGAUUCACUACAUAUGUCUCAGGGUCACAACCGCCGAGCAAUUUCUCUGCUAGAGCUUUUGUAUCAAACACAAUUAGAGCCACAUGGUCGGAACCAAAGCAUCUUAGCGGUACCCUUAUUGGCUACAAAUUGGUCUAUACAGACGCUUAUAACUUGUCCAGUUUCCUACACCUCGAGAAAAACGAAACACAAACAGAUAUCUCUGGUCUAGCGGGCAGAACGACGUUUAGAUUGACAGUGAUGGCAAUAACUGAAGACAGCGCGAGUGGAAGCAGGACGGAAGGACUAGCAGCUCCCUAUCAAUUAGUUACUACAACAUCAGGAACUAAGUGGGAAACAGAAGCUCCAAGGACAAAAGUGCUCAAUCGGUGGGAGUGGCUUGCGGGAGGAAUAGUAUUACCUGUUGGAAUAACAAUAGCGAUUGUUAUCAUACUGUGUAAGCAACAACGCAGGAGACGUUGCAGGGAUGCCAACGAGUUGACCUCCAGUCCACACCUCCAGGAUCACCAACCGCAACACAAACAGCAACCGACACGUUCGGGCUCAUUCGACAUCUUUGCUGUCGAUGAUACUCUAGACGUCGAGAUCCGUCAGACCCCAGAGGCAAGUACCAGAAAAGAUUUCACUCGAAGAGUCGCCGAGUAUGACGACUGCACGAGCAGUGAAGACAGCAAACAGACCAGCCCAAUUACAGUCAGAGUUCAAUUACACGACAUCGUCGAGCAAGAAACCACAGAAUGAAUAUCCGAGAGUGACCUAAUUUUAUCAGAGAAAGUAAAUUAUUUGCGUCACGAGGUCUCAAACUUAUUUUUAUCAGAGUAGCUCUAUUAAUGCACUAGCGGAUAUUUGUGUACAAAAAUAUCAGACUGCAAGGUUUCUAUAUUCUCUA